CAGUCAUCUUCACACUGAACUGAAGGGUAUCAAGAUCGACUAACUUCCAAAUACUCAAUAUGACCCCCAUGGACUACAUGCAGACUCUCCUUGCCAUUAUAUAUAGGUCAUUUAGAUUUUAUGCCCAAGCCCACUUGUCUCCUAUUUCAAGAAGUAUCGAACAACACAUUGACCCAAAGUCUUUUUGACAUCAAUUGUUCAAUAAUGAAGAUGAACAUCAACAACCGCACGAACAGGAUGUCACCAGAGACCCCCGAGUCUGCUUCUUCUCCAAGGGAGACUUAUGGAGGCAGCGAGCCGUCUCGACCACGCGCUCUCAAACGUCGUCGCCGCGUGGACCAAGGUCGUGUAGCCAUGGAGGUAUCAGACCACAAGGUCGCUCUGCUGGGUGGCAGACUUCAAUUCGAUGAAGAUCAACAACUACAACAUCCUCAACAAGUACAUCAAACCACAACGACGGCAAUAAACGCAAAUUAUGCACCAGGAGAACCAGGACUACUAGGUGGAGACGAGGAAAACACCAACAACGUGGUGAAGUUUUUCGAAGGAUCUCAUGAGGCUGUUCGCAAUGAGGUGCUGACACAAGAGGAAUUGGACCUGUUGAAACCGUGGAUGGACCCGACCCGGCCAAAAGAUGAACUCUUUUGCAAGACGGAAAACAUCGUCAUGCUUGAGAACGAAAUUGUAAGCACACAGGACCGAAUUGACGGUUGUAAAGACGCGGAAGAGACAAAAAGAAGGGAAUUCCAAGUCCACAGACAGCAUUGGGAGGUAUUUUUGCUCUACUGGUCGUCCUAAGUGUACUAGUACUAUGGUAGUAGUAGUAGUACUCAAGAUCCUGUCCACGAAGUGCUGGUGCGAGCAUCAUGAACAGCAUUUUUUGUUUCAUCCAAUAAAUUUAUGUCUUUUGUUUUUUGAUUUAACGAUCAUCGGCCGUUAAAUUGUAAGGCUCUCGAGAUUAUUCUCUCCAAACUUUUCCCUUUCCAACGCGGUUAAAUAACAGGAGCUAAAAAAGUACAUCGACCGCCGUCGUGACGAGUUGGUUGACCCGAAAAAACAUGUGCAGUCUCUGGUUAUGAAUGCUAUCCCACAGACAGAUGUGGAAACGAGAUUGAUUGCGAAAAGGCGCCACAAAGUUCUACGUCGCGUGACCCACUUGUAUCGAACCGCACACCAAUACGAAGACGCAAGGUCUUUGCUGUUUCAAUUGCGUGGGAACCGAGAAGUCCAGGUCAUGGUCAAGUACAUGGAACAGACUAUGGCACCACGCUGAAACUAGAUCUGAAGCUGCUAGAAAUGUCGAUCUUGGUCUUUGUCCUAUAAGGAGCAGACUUUUCAUCUUCUUUUCUUGGAUCAAGUUGAGUUCGAGAACUUUCAGCUACAUCUCAAGUUGAGUUCAAGUGAGUUUCGAGACUGGACACUGUCACUGAGUGAUGAUUGUCAACAAUGUCGUCGAGUAUUUGAAUUUGUGGAAGAUUUACUCGACGACAUUGUUGACAGUCAUCACUCAGAGAAGUGACUUACUCGUAGAAGUACAACUUGAGUUUGAACUCUUGUUCCACCUCUAACCGUCGCAUCCUUGAACUCCGCGAACGUAUCCGCAUAAAGGAAGAGCUCUUCCGGAAUUUGGACAAUCUGGUGGAGUUUAAGAAGGAGCUGCAGAAAAAGCUGAAGCAGAAGUGUCGAGAUGUUGCGUGGUCGCGAGUACGAAACUGGGGAAAGCAUCCAGAUGUGUUGAAGAAACGCUGCUUUGGAGCAUGGGACGACGUUGUGCCGCUUUUGGCAGUGGAAAAAGCAACGAUUGAACCACAGCGAUUGUACUCUCACUUUUCAGCGAUCUAGUCUUUGAAAAAUUAUGUGUUUAAUGAUAUGACCAUGAUGUAGAUGUUCUUCAACAAUUCUCGAGUACUAGAGUACUAAUCUUACGCUACUUACCACGACUUCUUCAUGUCUACAUAUCAUGAUCACUUUUUUUUAGAACGAAGAUGACGAGCAGCUGGUCCUCGUACAUCACCUGUGUCUUCUUAAACCCAAGGUACGACGAACUCUGGCAGGAGGUGAAGGAAAAAUUGGCGGAAGUGGAGCAAUUGAAGAUUGAAAGGGACGGAGUUGAAGCUGAGCGUGAUGAGGCAUUGGGCAAGUUGCAAGACGCGAUCGACAAAAUCACCAACCGGGAGGACGAACAUGCAGCCAUGGUCGCAGAAGAGACGAGGAAACACAAUGAAUAUCUUGUUAUGAAAGUGAUCAAGAAGAGAGGUGUACGUGUAGAAGGUGUUAGGUGUAGUGGGUCGUGUUGGUUGGGGUUUGCGGUUCUGUAGUCAGCGAAGACAGUGUUGGUUUAGUAUCUACUUAUAAUAUUCUUUUUUUUUCGGAGGGACAGCCAUCAAAUAAGUAAGCACACGACUGAGUACUUACUUGAUUUUGAAGCUUUCGCCAUAUCUUGUUCAAGUACUUAGGACUCUCCCUCUCUAAUCCUUCCCGCGUUGACGCGGACAACGAAGCCCGACUGAACAAGAUGAACAAGGAGAAAACAGAAGAAAUGACCACAAUUCGCGACCAAUUAGAGCGCAAGCAGGUAGAGCUGGAACGUCUCCUCAAGGAACUCGAAAGCAGUCAAAGUGGCAAUUCGAAGGACCUGAUUCGACGUGUGGUGCCCCAGAACAAGGGUGUCCGUUGCAUGGGCUGCGCAAAACAAAUGCUGUUCCGAGAUGCAGUGCCCCUAAAGGGCGAACACGAUUUCCCUGAUUUCGAACUGUUGAAGGAUCGCACCUUGGAAUCCAUCACGGAGGGCUCGCCACGACCGAAGCAAGCAUCUCUUAUCCUUGGGCAGGAUUCGCCGCUCGCGCGAGCUAGUACGUUUCUUUUAUGGCGAGUCUCGAUAAUAAUUCUGGGGUUGAUGAUUUUUCACUUGUUGUUAUCCGAAGCAGCACAACUUACCACAGAUGAUGAUCAUGUUUAAUAUGAUAUUCGUUCUAGACUUCUGAAACAUGUUGAAUCAUGAAGUUGAAGAUCGAUCAAGGUCAGAUAAGUAGGCUCAUCUUCCUGCCAUGGCUCUAAUCCUCGGACAUAACGUUACAGUCUCUACUGGCGUUCGCAGAGACCCAAGAUUGUCAAAAGACUGGGCCAAAGGAGAGCACUAUGUCCAAGAGCAGCAAGGAGGUAGUCCUAAUGGACGAGCCCUGUCGCCUUCUGUGACGAGUCCGCCAAUGCCGCCGCGUGCGCGAACUCCGAGUGGCGCCACACGAGACGACAUUGUCUACGGCAUGAAUGACAUUUUGACCCGGCCUCGCACAACAGGCAGUGUCCAAGACUCAGAUGCUCCUUCAGGGACGACUCGGAGGCUAUUUGGUGCUCUAGAUCCGUCUGUGGCAGACGACGACCCAAUGCAGAUCCGUUUGCGCAAAGUGGAGAGCUUUUUGGAAGCACAACGUAGGCGCGAAAGUGAUCAAGCGGCGCAAGCGAAGAAACAGUUGCGAAGCAGAAAGCGGGAACCGAUUGCUGCAGCAACUUAUGGCUCGUUCCCUAAUCAACCACCUAGUACUGCAUUCCUGGAAUCCUCUUAGCAGCACUUGUUGUAGUUUAUGUUCAAACAUUGAGAUCUUCACCCUUCUACUUUACUCUAGUAUCUCUGUUCCUUCUCCUCUAACAAUGAUCAUCAGCUACCACCGGAGCAGGCCAAGCAAAGAGCGGAGAUUUCGUGGAGCAGAUGAGAGGAGACGUAAAAGAAUUCAAGGAGAUAUACUGCCAACGGAAAUGGAAGUGAACCUCAAUUAUUUUUGUCAUGGUUUGAGUUAGCUGUAGUGCAUAAUGAAGAUAUGGAUCGUGUAAAUUUAGUAGGUAUUCGUAUUGAGCUUUUUUUUGUUUCAUCGACGUUAAUUUUGAAUGGAGAGUUAGUGUCAGUGAUCGACAUCGAGCUACUUUUUAUUACGCGAAUUUAGUCAAACCAUGCUUAAAAAUAGAAUGAACAACUACUGGUCAGUGGAUGGCUAAAGGAGAUUGUCGAUAUCUACUUGACACAUGCAAAACAAUGUUAACGAUAUUCGAUAAGUUGCAAACAGGAGGUAGUGAAGGUUAAAAAGAUGGAAGAUGUACUAGAAGAUGUACUAGUAGUACUAGCGAGAUCUUCAAGUGUUGAUGCCAGUAGGAUUCUUAUGUCUCGUUGGACACGUGCACAUUUUAUUGAAUCCGUCGUUGGAGGUGAAAUAAAACGUUGCCAAUACGAAUGACGAUGCUACCUCGUGGAUUCUUUUUAAAA